AUGCACGGACAAGUUCCAUUCGUCCACAAAAAGUCCAAAACAGGCUGCAAAACUUGCAAAAUCCGCCGGGUCAAAUGUGACGAAGGCCGACCAGCUUGCCGACGCUGUGUAUCAACCAGCCGAGUCUGCGACGGCUAUGGUAUUUGGGGAGGAGGUGGUACUCCAUACGGGCAGCCACAGAGCAACCAGGCUCUAUCAGUCUAUUGUACGCCGGUUCCAGCCGGCAACCUCAGCCACGAGGAACAGCUGUGCUUCGACUGGCUGAUCAAACGAACUGCAAGGAAGUUCGCUGGUUUAUUUCCGUCCGACUUCUGGGAGUCCUUAAUUUUCCAAGCUAGCGCACAGGAACCCGCCGUGCGCCAUGCUGUCAUUGCCUUGGCGUCUGCGCAUCGGCUCCAGCAGCAAUACGUCACCGGGCUAAAUAAAUAUGAUGUGGAGCGUUUCACUCUGCUGCAAUAUAACAAGGCAAUUCAACAUCUACGCACCAAUACAACCAACGAUAGCUAUUCCCUCCGGGUAGCGCUGAUUACAUGCAUGCUCUUUAUCACUCUAGAAUACAUGCGCGGGCAGUAUCAGAUGGGAUGUGCACAUCUCCAAUAUGGCAUGAAGCUUCUCUCCGAUAUAUCCGCAACACGUUCUCUGUCAUCCAUGGUGCCGACCGUUCUACCUCCCGAAGAAGAUUUCGCUUACAACGCCCUAGUCGACGCCUAUUCCCGACUAGGCAUUCAAUCAGCCAUGUUCGGCCAGAUGCCUUCACACAUGUAUCUUGUAACAACAGACCCGCAAACUGCCAGUCUCCCUUCUACAUUCACCUCCCUCCUAGAGGCAAGACGCAGCCUAGACGACCUCUUGAACAGAGUCCAAUGCCUAAAAAGCCAUUACCACGACCACCACGUAUCCCAGACCCCAACCAGCAACCAACAAAUGCUCAAUACACAAAGCAGAAUCCUCGCAGACCUAUCCCUCUGGCGAAAAACAUACACCGUCUCAGUCGCGCACCUCGAAACCAACAAAAUAUCAGAAAAAGACCAAACCGGCUACCUCCUCCUACGGGUGCACCACGAAAUGGCCACAAUAAUGGCUUCAGUCUGCCUCUUGCCAGACGAAACGGAAUCCGAGCUGAUAUUCGACGGCUUCGUCGAGAGCUUCAUCCGAAUAAUGGCCGGCUUCCUCGAUGUUUGGAAAAGCUGGUCAGCAACAGCAUUCCACGGAAAUGAUCCCUCUAAGAUAGCCAGCGCAUGCGACGAGCUGAAAGCCACCUUCCAUGACUUCAAGGUGUCCGGCAUGAACACGAUCCUAGAAGCUUCUCUGCUAGAGCUUCUUGAAAAGUCCUCCAUAGUCAACCACUAUACGCAGACACUGGGCUAUACUAGGAACGAAUUCACCGUUGAGAUGGGGUACAUCCCACCUGUAUAUUACACGGCUAUCAAGUGCCGUGUUCCGCGGAUCCGGCGACAGGCUGUGAGGGCGUUAAGGGCUGCGCCGCAUCGGGAGGGGCUGUGGAAUGGUUCGCUUUUGGCGGAUGUUGUGGAGGAGAUCAUUAGGGUUGAAGAGGGGGAUUUUUAUGCUGGUGAUGUCUGCGUCAAUUCGUCUUUUGGGUAUAUUGUGCCUCGGAAUGAGGAUUUGCUUGUGCCGAAGGUGCCGGCCGAGGCGAGGGUCUCGGAUGUUAGGGUUCUUCUGCCGGAUGAUGCUGGGGGGCAUACUUAUGUUACGUAUCGGAGGAGGAUUGGGGGUGAGUGGGUGACUUUUAAGCAGAAGAUUGGUACGUAG